AUUCCCCUUCUGCUCCCCACUUAAUUUCCUCAUUCUCAUUCGUCGCAAUUUGUAGUAUUCGUUCCCCCUUAAUCGCAACAUGGAUUUAUCACGUGAUAUGUAAUAUGUGUACGUAAUUGAGGACAACCAGCUCCCAACAAGGCAACGGCAAUACUUCCGCAACGAACAUCUUCACUGACAUUAUCAGACGCUCAGUAACUCUCGACGACCGAGUUAACUGGUUUUGAAAACGAAUAUUGGCAGCGGUGCGCUUUUAGGUGCUAUACCAGAAUACGAUCAGCUGAAGAAUAGCGCGAAACGGUACCCACACUCCCCGGACGUUUUGCUCGAAGUUCCAGCUCGAAGAUACCUUAAUUGCUUUGACGAGGCAAAGGAAAGGAGAAAGUGGCAUGCUAUAGAGCUAUUUUGCUCUGGCGGAGUGUGUCUGAAUAUACGAGAUGGCGAUGAUGGCCAGUGGAAGUGGUAGCGGUGGAGGGGGGAGAGGCGCGGGAGUCGUCGGAGGUACAAGCACAGAAAGCCCGUUCGUCAUAGAGCACGACGAUGAUUCGGUGCUGGAUAAUGAUUUUCUGGAAGAUGAAACCAUCGAAGCCGACGACCCCCUUCACACCAACGAACCCACCACCGACCGCACACCUCUAACAGGAAACAUCGCCUCCACAACCUCCUCCUCAUCACGCCCCAACAUCUCCGGAUCCUACCUGACCUCCUCCAUCCCCGGCGAAGACCGGCGCGCCACGCAAAACACCAUCGACGAGACCGUCUGGGCAACACUAUCACGCGACCUGCUCGCGGUUUGGGAAAAAAUGCGGCAGGUGCUGUGGCCCAAGUAUCUGCUAGGCGGCAUGUUGGCGCGCGGGGGAGGGAUGGGAGCGGCGGAGCGUGGGGAAGCGAGCGGGUUUGGCAAUGGGCUUGGCGGAGGGGUUAGGGGGUUGGUGGGGAGGUGGCCGGAUGCAGAUGUUGUGCUGCAGGGGGGCAUGAGUGAGGGAUUGAGGGAUUGGGAUCUUUGGGGUCCGUUGAUUUUCUGUCUACUACUCAGCAUGUUCCUCUCCAUGCGGGCGCAGGGUAACCAAGCCAGUCUGGUCUUCUCGGGCGUGUUUUGCAUAGUAUGGAUUGGCGAGGCUGUUGUGACGAUGCAGAUCAAGCUGCUAGGCGGGAAUAUAUCAUUCUUCCAAUCAGUCUGUAUAAUUGGGUACACACUUUUCCCGCUUGUGAUCGCAUCUCUCCUCAGCGCACUCGGCCUCCCCGUUAUAGCACGCAUUCCUGUCUACCUCAUUCUUAUCGCCUGGUCGCUGGCUGCCGGCGUGAGCAUUCUUGGUGGGUCCGGCGUGGUGAAGAAUCGCGUGGUAAUCGCGGUGUAUCCGCUGCUUGUAUUUUAUAUUGGGAUUGGGUGUUUGUGCUUUAUUAGCUGAAUACGGGAGGAGUAUAUCAAGAUGCUAUGAUUUGGAAGACCAUGGUUCAUGGUUGUGAGACGCGUGGUGCUAUAAGACGGUGAAUGGAAUCGUGGACAAUGAUCAUGUCUCUUAUUUUGUUUUCUAUGCUAUGACUGGGAAUCUCAUUUUUAUCUGAAAUAUAUGCGGUCUCAUUAUUUUUCCCCCUUGUUUUCAGUUGCGGGCAGUUUUUUCUGUUCUUUCUUCUAAGCCUUUUCACCUUGACAUGAGCCUGUUUAAUUCCCCGAUGCCUUUCCUGUUUAAUUCUGUUGUCCUUGCCACUUUUAUGGUUUUUGUAUGCAUGUACCAUAUAGAUCUUCUGAGGUCCUGCAGUUUCUACCGCCUUUUGUCUUAUUGAUUGCCCGCUCUUCAUAGCCCGAAUAGAGUGUUUGGCAUUCUGUAUUCCUACAUGUCUUCCUAAUUAACCGAUGCGUUUCUAAAGAGAGCAGCUUUGUGUCAAAACAACAAUAGAUAAAACACGAUGAUAGAAGAAAAAAUUUCAGUUCCAGC